AUGCAAACUGCCAGAGAGGUGAACUGUCUGGUAGCCAUCCAUUUAGAUUGCCAGCUGAGGAACAUGAAGACCAUCAAGGAGUCUGAGGACCAAUUCCAAACCUUCUUGUUAGAUUUUAGCAGUUCUGCAGUCAAGUCGAACUACAAAAGCACCGAUGAUCCGGACGAUUGGCAUACUUUGGCUCGACAGGUGGAGCUAGACUUGGCAUACAAACCUAGAAGGGUCGAGGAGAAGUGCAAUGGAGGGUUGAGCAAGGAUGACAAGCGCGAGAGUAUGGACGAAGCCUGUUUGGACUGUGAUUCGGGAUUACCGGCUUCUUCUCGUCCUCCCGGUUCUCGACUGCGACCCCCUCCACUUUCUGCAUGA